AUGGCCCAUCCUAGGCACGGAGCCGCGAAUGAUCACCUAAGGUAUGACUACAAAAUCAUCGCGGAUCACUCUCCUGGUACCUAUUGGGCACACCCUCAUCAUCAUGGCUCCAGUGCCGAGCUCCCAGAUGUUGCCAAUUUGGUUCCUACGAGACUGUUCUUGGACAUACUGAUGCGAAAGUUUUCUGUCAAAUUGCCAUGGAUAAAUGCUCAAAACCUGCAGGUCAUGCAGGCAGGUGCCGGGGCUGCUUCGGUUCUUGUGGUGCAAGAUCCACCAGGCUCUGGUCAGCUCUGGUCAGCUUUGGUCAGCUGGGGUGCGCUGUGUCCGAUGUCGUUGAUUGCACAAGGCUUCCUGUCGCCUCAGCUGGAGAGGAUGGCAGAUCACAGCCUCAUGCUGCAGCCUCCCCGGCCUGUGAUCGCUUGA